GUUUUAAAAAAAAGUUGAAUUUUGUUAUUUAGAAUGCUAUUAACGUUUUUGGUUGUUGAUUGAGAAAAUGAUGUUGAACUGAAGUGUUUCGUUAUUUUUGAUGGUAGAUCUUUAGCUAUUGAGAAUGGCGGCAUCAACUGGUGGGGGCACGGGAUGGUACAAAGGGAAAGUCAAAGCAGUUCAAUCGGGUGAUUGCUUGGUAGUAAUGGCCUUGUCCAGUAACAGGCCUGGACCACCACCUGAGAAAACCAUUACUUUGGCAUCUCUCAUUUCUCCUAGACUGGCCCGCAGAGGGGGUGUUGAUGAGCCAUUUGCUUGGGAUAGCAGAGAAUAUUUGAGGAAUCUCUGCAUAGGAAAGGAAGUUAUUUUCAGAGUUGAAUAUUCAGUACCAAGCAUUGCCCGGGAUUUUGGCUCUGUAUAUCUUGGUGACAAAAAUGUUGCAAUGUUGGUUGUCUCUGAAGGCUGGGCAAAGGUUAGGGUGCAGGGGCAGCAGAAAGGGGAAGUUAGUCCUUAUGUUGCUGAAUUGUUACAUCUUGAAGAACAAGCCAAACAACAAGGUCUGGGCCAAUGGAGCAAGGUACCUGGUGCUGCAGAGGCUUCUAUCCGUAAUUUGCCUCCAUCUGCCGUUGGUGAUCCUAGUAACUUAGAUGCCAUGGGUCUUCUAGCUGAAAACAAGGGUAGGUCAAUGGAAGCUAUAGUUGAGCAGGUUCGUGAUGGUAGUACUGUUCGAGUGUAUUUGCUUCCUGAUUUUCAGUUUGUGCAAGUGUUUGUUGCUGGUAUCCAGGCCCCUUCCAUGGGUAGAAGGGCUGUUACAGAAACUGUUGUUGAAACAGAUUUGACCUCUGAUAAACAAAAUGGAGAUGUUUCAGCUGAUGAGCCACAGGCUGACUUAACAUCUGCACAGCGGCUUACUGUCUCGUCCGCACCUUCUGCUGAAGUUUCCCCUGAUCCUUUUGCACCAGAAGCUAAAUAUUUUACAGAAGUUCGUUGUCUGAAUAGAGAUGUACGCAUUGUUCUUGAAGGUGUUGACAAAUUCAGCAAUUUGAUUGGAUCAGUUUAUUACCCGGAAGGCGAAUUGGCAAAAGAUCUCGCUUUGGAACUUGUGGAAAAUGGUCUAGCAAAAUAUGUUGAAUGGAGUGCUAAUAUGAUGGAAGAUGAUGCCAAGCGACGGUUAAAGGCUGCAGAGCUUCAAGCCAAGAAGACUCGGUUGAGGAUCUGGACAAACUAUGUACCCCCAGUCACAAACUCCAUGGCAAUCCAUGAUCAAAACUUCAUAGGAAAGGUGGUGGAGGUUGUUAGUGGGGACUGCAUUAUUGUGUCUGAUGAUUCUAUCCCAUACGGUAGUCUUCUUGCAGAACGCCGAGUCAAUCUUUCAAGCAUUAGAUGUCCAAAAAUGGGCAAUCCUCGUAGAGAUGAAAAGCCAGCUCCUUAUGCUCGGGAAGCAAAGGAGUUUUUAAGAACGCGCCUUAUUGGAAAACAGGUGACUGUACAAAUGGAAUAUUCCAGGAAAGUCACCAUGGCGGAUGGAACUGUGGCAGCUGCUACACCUGCAUCUGCAGAUUCAAGGGUAAUGGAUUUUGGCUCUGUCUUCCUCAUGUCCCCUGUUAAGGGUGAUGGUGAUGAUGCUUCUGCAGCAGUCCCAUCUGGAACUGGUAACCAGCAGCCUGGCUUGAAUGUUGCAGAGUUGGUGGUUGGGCGUGGCUUUGGCACAGUGAUAAGACAUAGGGAUUUUGAGGAAAGAUCAAACUAUUAUGAUGCCCUUUUGGCUGCUGAAUCACGCGCUAUUUCUGGGAAGAAAGGAAUUCAUUCUGCCAAAGAUCCACCAGUCAUGCACAUAAUGGACCUUACAAUAGCAUCGGCCAAGAGAGCCAAAGAAUUCAUGCCGUUUUUGCAUCGAGGCAAGAGGGUUCCAGCUGUUGUAGAAUAUGUCCUAAGCGGUCAUCGUUUUAAGUUGUUGAUCCCCAAGGAAACUUGUAGCAUUGCCUUUUCAUUUUCUGGUGUCAGAUGUCCUGGUCGUAAUGAGCCUUAUUCAGAAGAAGCCAUAGCACUGAUGAGACGAAAGAUCAUGCAGAGAGAUGUGGAGAUUGAAGUGGAAACUUGCGAUAGAACUGGAACAUUUUUGGGGUCUUUGUGGGAGUCUAGAACCAAUAUGGCAGUAACACUCCUUGAGGCAGGCCUGGCAAAGCUACAAACUUCAUUUGGUAUUGACAGGAUUGCCGAUGCGCAUCUUCUUGAACAGGCUGAGCAAUCUGCUAAGAACCAGAAACUAAAAAUUUGGGAGAACUAUGUGGAAGGAGAGGAAAUUACCAACGGACCAGCCGUUGUUGAUAACAAACAAAAGGAAGUGCUAAAGGUUGUUGUUACAGAAGUAGUAGAUGGUGGAAAAUUUUAUGUCCAGACAGUGGGAGAUCAGAGAUUCUCAUCGAUUCAGAAACACCUGGCAUCUUUAAGCAUUCAAGAAGCUCCUGUGAUUGGUGCUUUUAAUCCCAGGAAGGGUGACAUUGUCCUUGCUCAGUUUAGUAUGGAUAAUUCCUGGAAUCGUGCACUGAUUGUAAAUGCACCUCGAGGAGGAAUUCAAUCUCCGAAGGACAGGUUUGAAGUGUUUUAUGUUGAUUACGGGAAUCAAGAAGAGGUCCCAUACAGUCAAUUACGACCUCUUGAUUCAGUAUCAGCUACUCCUGGGCUUGCCCAGUUAUGCAGUCUUGCAUUUCUUAAAGUUCCAGUGCUUGAUGAUGAAUUUGGUACUGAGGCUGCCCAGUUUUUGAGCGAGCAGACACUAGGCAGUUCACUGCAGUUUACUGCUACUGUAGAGGAAAGGAAUACUUCUGGCGGAAAAGUGAAGGGACAAGGAACUGGUACAGUUCUCAUAGUAACACUGCGUGCUGAGGAGUCAGAGCUAAGUAUUAAUGAAGCAAUGUUGCAGGAGGGGCUUGCUAGGUUGGAGAAAAGGAAGAGACUUGAAGCAAAGGAGAGAAAAGCAAUGCUUGAUGAAUUGGAGAAGUACCAGAAGGAGGCGAAAACUGCUCGGCGGGGAAUUUGGGAGUACGGAGAUGUGGACUCUGAUGAUGAGGAGGAUACACUUCCCCCACUUGCAGCGGCUAAGAAAUCCGGUGGUAAGAGGUAGUAAAAACCACAAAAUCACUUGAGACUUUAAAUUAAUUCAAAGCGUUGGAUUUUAUUUAUAAUUCGAAGAGUUAAAAUUAAGAGUAGGACAACCUAAACUAGAAAUUGCCAUUAGUGAGGGAACAAUUUUUUUAAUCCCAUGUAAAUAAGGGGAACGGUAGCAUUUGUCCUCUCUUUCCAUGCCGGAUGUUACAAACAUUAGUUUCCCCAAGCCUUUAUUUUUGGAUAUUUUUUAUCUAAUGCUAUCCAAUUUUUCUUUUCUGAAAA